AUGCCAGGCCAUCCGCAACACCGGUGACCUGGAGUCCCUGGCGUGCCCGCCCAAGUACCGCAGCAUGAACAGCUUCUGGAAGUACUAUGCGGGACGAGAGACGCCGCCCGUGCCGACCAUCUUCGUGGGCGGCAACCAUGAGGCGUCGAACUAUCUCUGGGACCUCUACUUUGGGGGAUGGGCAGCACCCAGCAUAUAUUUCCUGGGCUUUGCAGGCGUGGUGCGCUUUGGAGGGCUGCGCAUAGCAGGGCUGUCGGGGAUUUACAAGGGGCACGAUUACCGGCUAGGUCACUACGAGCGACCCCCCCUGAACGACUCCCAGCUGCGCUCCAUCUACCACGUGCGAGAGUACGACGUCACCCGCCUUGCAUCCCUCGCCUCCCUCCCUUCGCCCUCCGCCUCCUGCUCUCUCCCCUCCUCCCUCCCCUCCUCCCUCCCCGCCCCCCCGAUCGACGUGUUCCUCUCACAUGACUGGCCGAGGGGCGUGGAGCGGCAUGGUGACACAGCCUCUCUGCUGCGUACCAAGCCAUUUUUCCGGGGCGAGGUGGAGAGGAAUGCGCUUGGGAGCCCUGCGGGAGAGACGCUGCUGCACACGCUGCGGCCGUCGUACUGGUUCUCCGCUCACUUGCAUGUGAAGUUCUCUGCUGUUGUGAAACACCCUGCUGCUGCUGGUGGCGCUUCAAGUGGUGGUGGUGGUGGUGGUGGUGUAUCCCUGUCCUCCUCCGCGCCUGGCCCCUCUGUGACUCGGUUCCUUGCCCUAGACAAGUGCCUUCCUGGCAGACAGUUCCUGCAGGUGGUUGAUUUCCCUGACAUCUCCCCGUCCCAAGGCGACGCGCCUGUCCUGGAGUAUGAUCCCCAGUGGCUGGCGGUCACUCGGGCCUACGCACCCUACUUGCCCCUAACCCAUGCUGGCGCCUUCUACCCUCCAGGAGGGGUUUCCGUGCAGCCACACCUAGAGUGGGUGACCCAGCGCCUCUCCCAGCAGCCGAAUGGUUCUGUCAUCCCCACCAACUUCACCCCCACCGCACCGCCCCACGACCCCGACCGGCUGCAUGCACGUGCACCCACCACCUCCUCCACGGUCCUAAACCCCCAGACGGCAACCUUUCUUGACUUGCUGGAUCUGCCUCACUCCACCUUCCUGCGUGGAGGAGCCCCGUCGCCCUCCCCAGCGCUGCCACCAGCUGCCAGUCCCAGCACAUGGAACAGUGAUUCGUGCCCGCCAGACACCUUCGAGGAUCCUGACAGCAUACCUGCUGAUGGAGAUGGGGAUGGGGAUGCACAAGACGAGGGGCCAAGAGGAAGCUACUGGCAAAAUGGGCAUGGUGGCAAGGGUGACGAGCAAGGAGAUGAAGAGACUAGGAACAAUGGUGCACAUGCUUGCAAAGCGGCUGAUCCAAAUGAAAUUGACUUGGGGGAUGAUCCAGAUGGGGAGGAUGAUUCAUGAAAGGCUGUACUUAGCAUUGUGAAAGGAGAUUUGUGUAUUGGUUUCUGUCUUUGCGAGGUCGUUUUUUAAAGAUUU